GAGCGCAGCGGUAUAUAUAUAUGUACACAGCGUUGUGUACAUACAUCACAGAAAGGAAUCGGGACGUUUGCGGCGGACGAAACGAUUAUUGUAACGAGAGAGAAGAGGUAAAUUGCGCGAUCUUUUGUCUCGUCAAUGUGAUUCAACGGUGAUCUCUAUCGCUUCUUAUUUAUCAAUCGUCCCGCACUGUGAUUCAUCCCAGUCGCGAUUCAUCAGCGGGCGUCAGUCUGCAGUGCCUCGGCAUUGCGCAUUCCUCUAAUCGUCGUUACUUUUGACAGUUGCGCACGUUGACAUUUCUUCAUCGCGGCUCGUCAAAACAGAGACGCUGCGAUAACACGAACAAUUGGGACAGUGGACAUAUGGAAAAUCGUCCACGGUAAAAUCUCAAGGGCAGUUACAACCGCUAGUCGCGGCCGCGAUUUCGGUCUUUUGCUCGCUAUUUAUAGAGGAAGUAGGUUAUUUGCAAAAUCAAUUGUGAAAAUAAUCGGUAGCAUUGACACAAUGUGAUACAAAUGCAAUGAACAAUGAGUGAUUAACAUGUAGUGCGUGUGUAGUAAGAAUUGGUUCGCAUUCAUGAAAUAUAUGUAUAUACAUGUGUAUAUGUAUAUAUAUAUAUAUGUGUGUAUAUAUAAUACUACACAUUAUAUAAUUUAAUUCUGCACCAAACGUUCUUUAUAUCGAUGGAUUGGAUGGUUUGGAAAAGUAAGACACGUAUAUUGCAUGAUUACCGCGAUUUUGUGCAUAUUUGCGCGAUAUAAACUCUACACUUUCACCAGGCAAUUUACAAAGUGAAGUGGUGCUUAGCUAUCAAUGCUGUUGUGCUGAUUUAUCUCUAUCAAGGAAGUUUCACUUUGCUCAAAGAGUGUAUCAUCCUUCAUGAUUAGAUUCUAUACUGUCAUAACGUGUGUGCUAGUUUCUGGGAAAAGAGCUUGUCAAUUUUCUUGUGUGAUAUUGCUAAUGAGCAAUUCAAAGAUAUUAUUUAUGUAGUAUGGAUGAAUAUUAAUCUGCAAUUCCUCUGCGUCAGGGUUGUUAAGGUACAUGGAGUGUUACCGAUGAUGAUCGAGUGAUUCUAAGGAAGAGCAUGAUGUAUCUACAUCGCACAAGAAUCUGACUCAGCUCCGUUCUGAGUCACGUGUUGUUGCUUUGCGCACAAAUGACAGGAUGUUAGACAGUACAGCUAAUAUGGAACUGAAUAAUGUUGGAAGCAACAAGAGUUCUAUAUAUCUCGCACUAUCAUUUAGGAAACUGUGUUUGGCGACGGUUGGCUUACCACUUGUGUCACUGUUGUUCUGUUUUGUCACAGCAUAUAUAUUCCAACAGGAUGACAUUCAUGAAACUCACUGUAGGGUCUACAAUAUCCUUCCAUCGAUCUCAGCUAUUACUGGCGUAUCUCCCCAAAGGUAUCUAUGGCGUGUUAGCAUAGCAUUACAUAUUGGACCUAGACUGGUGAUAGCCAGUGUUUAUCACUCCUACUAUUACAACAUACUUAAAAGCAUUGAAGAUGUGCCUCUAAAGAUUAUGGGGAGCAGGCUCCUAAACUUGUGCUACUGGCUAAACAUUGCUGAGGUAGCAGCUUUGUGUGGUGUAACAUACGUUUCUAACAGGGAGAAUUAUUCUGUGCACGAAAAAAUUUUCAUAGUGUUCAUGAUUAGUUCACUCAUGUACAUGUUGACCGCCGUAAGAUUGGGUCGCCUAAUAACUCCAAAUGCACAAAGUCUUCAGUACAAACAGGCGCUCUUUAUGAUGAGUCUUGUCAGUACAAUCGGUCUUAUUAUCUUCUUCUUGAAACAUCGACUGCUGUGUCACGACUUGGCAUUUAGUUGGUUCUCGUUGUGCGAGUAUGUGAUAGCUUUCGCGAACAUGGGAUUUCACGUCACCGUGGUUCUGGACUUUCCGAAGGAGCAACUGGUCGUAGGUCACGGUUUACCCGCCACAAAGUCAGAUUAACCCUUUAUGAUAACUCAUCAUUCUCAUCGUCAUACUGAAGUGCCUAUUGCCUCUAUAUGGAAGUGCUACGAAUCUCGAUUCUUAAGAGGUAAAAAUCCGGCACAACAUGUGACAUUGCGCAACUUCACGAUUGCUUCCUUUUUGUGAUAUUUACAAAAUUAUAUCGCGCACUAUUAUCAUGUUAAUUUGCUUCGGCCGAGACGAGCGAAUACUCAGCGUAUUUUUAAUCUUUAUUUUAAUCCACUGUCACGCGCUAUCGGUUACAACAUUUCGCCCCGGCAAGUGCUCUCACGCGUGCACUGAGAUUUGAUUUGAAGACGAGAAUUAAGAAGGAAAAUCUCUAGCGCUUCCAGAGUGCGGCACUGGUUACUUUCCAAACGGUGAAAUACGUAACGGCCUUUUAAUAUCAAUUAGUGAUAGAGGAAUGUAUGAUUAUGAUGUAGCGCGAACACGAUAAUUAAGCAACUAUCCUACGUACGAACGGCAUUUAACGUUGUCGUAAAGUGAAUAUUAUUACUCGCGCGAUGUGCGAGACUUGUUGUAUAAAGACUUUGAAACCUUCUUUUAUAGAAACUUUUGCAAGGUGAGAAUUCUAGUCGAACGUAUUAAUUCUAGUCGCAAUGUCUUUUAUCCGCGCGCUUUACGGUACUCUUUUACUUUAUAUUAUAGAUUCACAUGAAUUAUUAUAGACUGUAGGAUGCAUUUACAUCAGAUGGACUUUGCGAAACGUUGGAGAGAAUCUCAUGUUCAUGAAAUGAACGUGCUGAGUGACAAAGACAUUGUACAGUUGCGUCUUGUUGGCGAGUCUUACGCAGGCAACAAUUUACUCAUUCGUCGAGUCACACGCUGUGUAUAGAAUUCCGAGAUGUUAACGCUAAUGUUCACGAACCGCUCCACUCGGCGUUAACAUACCGCAAACGUAGGAUAAUAAUCGCUCCUAUGUUUGCACGUAGCAUUACGAUAGUUCAAUAAUGCAGCAACCACCGAGAAAUAUUCACAGUUAGCUGCAAUCGUAUGUAAUAGCGUCGCGUGACCACAUUCGGACGGGUGCGUUUGAGAUAAGAUCGAUAUCCAAAUUUCUCAUGCGGAUUUGUAAGAAAUUGUUAAGAUGAGAGUUUCUAUCGGAUCUUACGACUGAAACCCCCGUUAAUUUCGUUCCGUAGACGGACGCCGAUAUAUAGUCGCAGUGUGAUUCUAGAUAGCACUCGCAGUUCAACGGUAUCAUUUUUUGCACGUUUUUACACACGAACAUUAACUGUGUAGCGUAUUUUGAUAUGAGAAGUUUUUGUUAAGGUUCCUUGUAUAUCGUUAUCGCGAGAAAAACAAACCGUUGAUGCAUUAUAUCGCUAGUUUCUCAGCAGAUCUGUUGUUUGUCGCGAGUAGCCGAUAGCGCGAAGAUCUCGUAGCUGUGUAAGGGGGGUCUUCGUCAUUGUUACGGAAAAGGGUAACGGUUUGUAAUAACACGAGCGUAUGAUAUCUGGACGGUUCCUACUGUAUUAUACUUCGAAUCGUUUUUGUACCGCUACGUCAUACCACGAUAAGAACGAAUGCACUCGGCAGCCGCGCUUGAUUUAUCGAGGAGACCGUUGUCGGACGCUAAUCAGUGCCAAGUGACGCACUAAAGAUAUAUCGUGGACUUUUACGGGUUUUCAUAUGGAGAUGCGCGUGUUGUGUGUGUUAAUAACGAUCUCGAAAGGUCUUUAAUGAAUCACUUUUAUCUCACGCUUCGUCAAGCAAUCACCGUGCGACCACUGCUCUCUAACAACGUUCGUAGCAAUAAUUGACAAUUCUUUCCGCAUAAUGUCUCAUUUUCAUCAAGAGGUAUGAAAAUUAGAAAACACGGCUGGAUUGCGAAGGAACAUUUGCUCUGGUCGAUCGUUAGUUUACGUUAGCAUUCUCCAAAUGCAUGUACAACUGCAUCAAAGAUUCAAGCAUCUCCUCUCUCACUUGUAAAUCCCUCUUUGAGUGAAUCUAAAGUCAAUAUGUAUUUUGCAAAUAUUUCAUUAUGUAUAGUUUAUCUGAAAUCAAUUACUUCAAAUUAUCUCUCUCUGUUUCUUCUAAAUUCUUAACAUUCAAAUAGAUUCUGUAAUUUAUUCGUGCAAAUAUGUGUCAAUUUCUUCACAAAGAAACUUUUCAUUUUCUUUAAAAACUUGUAUUCAGAUGCGCGAUCUCUGAUGCAUUCGCAUGUGUUUUAGUUAAUGGAUAUCGAAGACGCCAGUCACACGUUAAAAGCGAGUUAUAUACUGAAUGUCUUAUAUAUAAGUAGAAAUUAAUAGUAUGUAAGAGAGUUUUUUAGAAAUGUAGCGGUGAUUUAUGGAAAUAAGUUGCAAGAUAAAAAUAUAACGAAACGAGAAACUUCGAAGACUAAGAGUUGUAUUAAUAGUUAUUACUUUGAAAUUCGUCUCAAGUGAGAUACGCAGAUUUGAAUGCAAUGUUAGAUAAGAAUAUUUCAGUUGAAUCGCUAUUACAGAUGUAUAUGUCGUAAUUCAAUUGAAAAACUUUGAUCUAACUCUGAAUAAAAGUCGGAGAAUCUCACAUGAUAUAAGUUUCAAAUAACAACUAUUAGUACAGAUCUAAGUUUUCCUUUCGCGCUGUUUUUUUUUGUUCGAGAAGAAAUUUUAAAGUUGUGUUCAAGAAAAAGAAUAUGUAAUGAAUGUUAAUUCUGUAAACAUUACUGUUGCAGAGUAAUGUUUCCGCAAAGGUAGCUGCUAAAUAUUAUUUUGGCAGCAGUCUCUUUUAUGAUCGCGACUUGUCGAAAUUCUUGAAUUUGUUAUAAGAUUAUAUUAGCACACUCUCGGAGUAAUCCGAAAAAAGAUAAAAGAAAGCAAAAUUUAAGAAUUAAAAGCAUAAAAGAAAUUAUUCGGUACACUGCAUUUGCGUUCUCUGAAAAUACCGCCAAAUGAAAAUUUACCUACACAUCGGAAGGUUGAUGUUCCAAAGAACAUAUUUAAAAACUCGUCACACAAAUUGGCGAUAAUAAUAAGACAUAUCUGUCGAGAGGUUCUAUCACACUCGAAACUCUUCCUUUGCUGUAAAUAACGCCAGCACGAUACAGUCAUCUUGUACAAAUGAAAGAGUGGAUAUCAAUGGUAUGCUAAAAAAAAAAAAAAAGAAACAAUGUGAGAAGAAGGAGAAGAAGAUGGUAUGACGAUUUUCCCACCCUUCGUUAGUAUGACGAUUUAAAGAAAAAAAAUUUGAAGCGAAAUCUUUACACAAAAUACUCACUACCGAGUGGCAGCUAUUUUUCUGCGACUCGUAUUUUUCGAAAUGAUUUUGCUACUAAAACAUUUUUUUCUAAUUUAUAUCACGUAUAUCGAAAUUAUCAAUAAUGCGCUACGAUCUGACGGAAGAACUACUCGUCCGCGAUGUAUGUAAACCGUUUGGGCAAUUGACAAUUCUGUGAUAAUAAGCACAAACAGUUUCACGCAGUCUGGAUUCAGUUCUUUCUUAAGACAAUUAUAUCGGACGAUGCCGCCUUCGUUAUUCUUCAAGUUUUCCAAGCUCUGUUGCUCUGCUCUCCACUUGUAUGCAAGCCCGAGAAUUUUAAUACAUGAUUUACGAUACAUCACAUACACAUGCGUCAACAUAUGAUGCAAUGUAUAUUAUCACAGAAUUUGUUUCCCCGAAUCAUCUCUCUACUCUCGUAUUUAGUGAUGAAUCGAGUAGCGAAUUUAUGUACUUAGGAAUUAUCAUUAAAGUAGAGCAUUGAUUAAUCAGGCAAAUACUAGAGCGGUAAAUCUAGCUAAUUAAUAAUAAUAAUCUAUUCUGAAUCUCUCAUUUGAAAAUUUUUUCGAAGAAGUGUGUGAGGAUCAAUAACACUUUUCUUAAGAAAAAAAAAAAAAGAAAAGGAAAACA